UCCCCGGAACUGGAGCUUCUUAGCGUCCGGCUUCGCCGAGGGGAAGGAUUUGACGGCUGCCCCUCCCCGCACUACCGGUUCCGGAGUCCUUGGCCGCGUGUACGGGCCAAAGAACAAUGGGGAGGCAAGGUGUUUUCCCUAAAGAGCCUUUGGGACUUUCUCAGGAGAACACAGAAGCAGACAGGCAGGAUGGUGACCAGUUGUCCUCAGGACAUGGUGACCUUUGCCGAUGUGGCUGUGAACUUCACCUUAGAGGAGUGGGCACUGCUGGACACUUCGCAGAGAAAUCUCUACAGGGACGUGAUGCUGGAGACGUGCCAGCACCUGAGGGCAGUUGAAUGGGAACUGCAACUCAGAAACCAGCAUUCACCAUUUCAUCAGAUGAACUUUGGAAAGAAAACAUCCCAUAGGUUCCGGAUAGAAAGCUCACAGGAUGAGUGGGAUGUCAAUCGUGAUGUGAAAGAGGAAAAAAAUUUCAGGGGACAGUCCUGUACAAAUCCACCAAUCAGCACUCAGCAUGAAAGCAUCCUUCCUCCGAGUUGCUCCUCCACCAAGAAACCCUCCCUGCGGUCCACCGAAUUUCGCUCAGGCGGCAGAACAGGGGCUGUAGGGAAGCUCCCUUACCCCGAAGAAUGCAGAAAACACUCAAACGCUUUGUCAGGUCUGAGGACGUCCAGGCAAACCCGAAGUGAAGAAAAACUAUCGGAAUGCAAGGAAUUCGGCAAACACUUGAAAAGUUCUUCAAACCUUCAGGGGAGCCCAGGUGCCCCCCACGGAGAGAAACCUCCCAAGUGCAAGGCGUGUGGGGAAGGCUCCGUGCCCCCCGAGGCUCUCACCGCAAAGAAUCCCGAACGGGAGCAGCCAGCGGCCCCACCACACCCUGCUAAGCCCCACAGGGCCCGCUCCAGAGCCAAGUCCGAGUGUGACAUCUGUGGGAAGGCCUAUAAGUCCAGGUUCUACCUCCGUGUGCACGAGCAGACCCACACGGGGCCCAGACCCCACGAGUGCCACAAGUGUGGCUGGAGCUUCAUGACACUGGCACACCUCAAGAGGCACAUGCUGACCCACGACCGAAGGAAGCUCUAUAAGUGCAAGGAGUGCGGGAAGCGGUUCGGAGCCACGUACAUCAAGGAGCACCGGUACACGCACAGCGGGGAGCGGCCCCACGCGUGUGAGGAGUGUGGGAAACGGUUCAGGAAAGCGUCGCACCUGCGGGAGCACAUCCAGAGCCACAGCGGGGAGCGGCCCCACACGUGCAAGGAGUGCGGGAAAGCCUUCGUCUCGCCCUCCAUCCUGAAAAGGCACCUGAGGUCGCACAGCGGAGAGAAGCCCUACGGAUGCAGGGACUGUGGCAAGUUCUUCACCCGAUCCACACAUCUUUCCCGCCACCGGAAGACCAAAGGCUGUGGCCUGUGACAUGUGACCCAGAAUCUCCUGUCUCCUUGGAUAGCUUUGUGGCUUGUUUGUUUUUGUUCUGGGGCACACUCGGCGAUGCUCAGGGCUGGCUCCCAGCUUCCAUGUUCAGGGACCGUAGGACACGCCGGGGAUGGAGCCCAGAUGGAGCCCGCUGGGUUAUGGCGCUGGCUCCUCGGAUCUUGCUGUAUGUGAUUGAGCCCCUGCCGGAAUAAAGCAUGUUCUGUGUCAUCCA